AUGCGCGCGCCCCGCCGGAAGUGCGUGCCCGCGGCGGUGUUGGUGCUGGCGCCGGCGGAAGCGGCGGCUCCGGUUCCUGUUCCGGUCGUAUCGGCCAUCGCCGCGGCGUCCGCAGGAGAGAACGCAGCGGGCGGGCUAGCGCCAGCGCCGGCCAGACGCGCGCCCAGGCCGGGGCCCGACCGCCGCCGCGUCGACCCGGCGAUCGAUAAUCCCGGCGCGCAGCGCCGCUCCGCGGCCGCCCGGCCAACUAGCGCGCUCUCUGUGACGGGCGGCGCCGGCGGCCGGAGCGCGUACACGUCAGUUGCGGUCGGGACGCCAAGCCGACCUGUUGUGCGGGGUUGUGUUUACGUGUGCGCGCGCCUGGAGUCUCGGCUCGCGGCGGGUGCGGUCGCCAGCUAUAAGGCAGUGCUGCUGCUAUAG